AUGGUCUUUAGUCCAGCCGCGUUCCUCACCGGCGUUCUCGCCCUCAUUUCACCCCUCACGGUCAACGGCUUUGUCCUCCCCACCUCGGAUACCCUCCAGGCUUUCCUGGGACAAGAAGGUAGCUCAAGUCCCAGCCAUGGUGCCGUGUCUACCGAAGAUGAAGGCGUUCUCACCCGCCCAUCAUGGUUCACCUCGACUUUGAUGGCCCGCCGCCUUCUUGCGUUGGCCCCUUCCGGCGUUAUUACCACCAACUUCCCCCACUCGAUCCCACCCUCCGCACAUGCCCCCUCCGACCUUGCUGGUCUUUCUAUCGGGCUUCGCGAAUAUAUCGCCGACUGUGAGGGCUCUCUGCCCUCUGAUAUGUCGCACGACGACAACGGCGAUCCGACAGUCCUUGGGCUUCGUAUUGGCACCACAUUCAAGAACAUCGCUGCGGGGUCGAAUCUCAGUCUCCAGCUGGACUGGUGGGAUCAUCUUGACGAGGCAGGCCCAGUUUAUCCUGGUCUUCCCUUGAGUCCGGCUGCUCUGCCUCGCGUUACCCUCUUUGGGUACCUGGAUACCCUCCCGGCCCCCCUUCCCGAUGAUGCAGCGGCAGCCCUUGAAAAAUGUUUCCUGGAGUCCCAUCCCGAUGCUAAGGUCUGGCUCCCUGGCGCUUCCUACUCUCCUCACGCGAGUUUCUGGGCGCGCUUGGUGGUGACCCACGUAUACUGGAUUGGUGGAUUCGGGGACGUGCAGCAGAUUGGGUGGAUGAACGUCACGGAGUGGAAAGGGAUCCGACCACACGGAAGCGUAGAGGGUGUAGGUGACGGUCGAGGAUGGCAAGAUGUGCGACUGCCGGGAGAGAAGCACUGA